AUGUUGGUUGAGCUGAAAAAUGGUGAAACGUAUAAUGGACAUUUAGUUGCAUGCGAUGCUUGGAUGAAUAUCCAUUUAAGGGAUGCUAUCUGUACAUCUCGCGAUGGUGAUCGCUUCCUAAAAAUGCAGGAAGUAUAUGUACGAGGUUCGACAAUUAAAUAUUUGCGGAUUCCGGACGAUGUGGUAGAAUUGGUGAAGGAAGAGGUUAAGGAGGUACGUAGACAGCAGAAAGACCAACAACGGGCAAAGCGUAAUUUGCAAGGAGUUCGGGGUGGCGGGCAGCAAGGCAGAGGAGGAGCUUCUAAUCGUGGCGCUGGACGUGGUGGUAGUCAUCAUGGAUGGAAUCGAGAUAAAUCAGCUGUCCAAUAA